AUGACGGUGACGUCGCCGAUGUCGCUGGAAGAACUUGUUGCCGUGGUCAACGCCAGACUGGAGGAACUGGAUCUCGGGAUCGUCAUCGAGCUCGAUGCUGACAUCAAUGAAGCCAUCAACGCUGAUCAACGGGAGCGCACUUUUGCAUUGGUGCAGCUAAUCUUGGACGAGUAUUUGGUGGGUGACGUGGCGGCUCGCCUGGACCUGUUGGCGGCACAGCGCGACGGAAGCGGCGCUCGUGUGGUCGAAAACGAUCAGGGCCUCUACAUGGAACCGAUGGAUGACAUGGACGAAACGGACCCUGAGAUUGUCGAGGAGCGCCUUAGAGUCCUCACCGGCUUUCUGCGAGCUGCGCAGCAGCACCAUGACAAAGUUUUCGCCCUGUCCGCCGGUCUGCCGCCGCCUCAUCUCCGGCCCGUCUGGGUGACACGUUUCUUGCUGCGCGGCCUGGAGGCCAUGACGAAUCGCAAUGUUCUACCUCCGCUCGGAGUUGAUCUCUUGAAUACAGCACCACUCAAACAGAACCUGCCACCCCAACAAAUCCUCAUCAACAGCAACAACAUCCGGCGCAAGCAGGCCAACCCAGAAUGGAGGGCAGACAAAGACCAUGCACUACCUCCAUUUAGCCAGCUAAAGUUUGAGCGGGAUUAUGAUGAAUCUGUAUCCGGUGAUAUUGAUUCUUCAAUAUCAUCGUCGUCAUCAGGGGACAAGGAUCUGUACCAGCAUGGAAUUCGGAAUGUUAGGGAGGAGGCGGCGCUGAAGCGAGUAAUGAUACCAAUACCAGAAAGCGCCACCAUCUUUGCCCCUCCUGCUCCUCCUCCACUCCCUGCCGGCCAAGUCCUACCCGAUAACAUCCAUCAACUCCUCAACGUCACCACCUUACCCAACCCUCCACCUGCGCAAAUCAACAAAAAUCAAGUCCUUGACGAUUCUGACGUCGAGGAGCACGACCUCAAAUCCUCUGAGUUCGAGAAAAUCGACCCUGAUCGUCUACUCCCGAUCCGAGAAAUGCACACCACCGAAGUCCCCCCGGCCCCACUUACGGACAUCGAUCUGCUGCAUCUGGCGGAAAGUUUGAGCCCGACAAUCCAACCGAAUUCCGAAGAGCUGUUGAAGAUCAUCAGGGAGAUAAGCCCGGAAUCGGUGGUUGAUCAGCAUGGAAGAUCGAUUGAUAUUCUGAAGAUUACGCGAAGCCAUAGCCCGAAUAAUCUCAGUCCGACUAUCGAAGAUUUCGACGAUAUUUCGGCUGGGGUUUCGAAGCCUGAAAAAUCUAAAAAGCAACCUAAAGAAGCAGAAAAUAGCAUUGAAAUGGCGAUGGCAGGAUUUGGCAAGAAGGACAGUAACGAGAUCGAGAAUCCGAACGUCGAUAUUCUAAAGAUAUCGAAAAACGGACAAGAUAGUCCUCCCGAAAAAGAGGAAGUUGCUUUCAGAAUCGAAGAAACUGAUGCGUUAAAAGUAGUGCAACGGAAUAGCCCAAAUUCGGAGGACGAGGAGAAUAUGGCUAAUAUCUUGAAGGUUGGGAUCGGAACAAGCCCCAACGAGGGAAAGCUGGAGAACACGGAUAUGGUCAGGGUGCAACAAGGGGAGAGCCCGAAUAAACGAAAUAGGGAGAUGGGAUCGAAGAAGCGACCAGAUUCCGAGCACGUGAAGCAUGAAAAGCAAAAAAUUGAACUAGAAUCGAGUGAAGACGAAGCCAAUGAAGUUGAUAUUCUGAAGGUCAGACGUGGAAAAAGCCCAACUAAAAAUCGAACCGAAGAGAAUGAAGCUGAACAACAGGGAAGUGAUUCUGAGGAAAAGGAGAAACCAGAAAAGCCAAAACGUUCAAGAAAGGAAUUUAGCAAAUAUAAACCCGAGCCAGAAAACAACGCUGAUUUUUUGAAGGUGUCUAGAGGAAAUAGCCCAAAUCGCGAAAAAGCGGCCCAUGGAGCCGCUAAUGAGGAUGAAGAAACCGAUGCGUUUGAAGCGGGAAAACGUGAAGGUGAAAGCGAGGAACAACCCACCGAUAAGAAGAACGAACCGGAAAACGAAACAGACAUUCUGAAGGUUUCCAAAAAGGCAAUAAAUCGACGAGCUGACGGUGAUUCUGAAGAAUUGACAAAACAUGAGAAGCCAGAGAUUCGAAACAAAAAUAUUGCUAGUAAAGCGGCUCUGAAAGACGCGCCAAAUGUGAAAUAUUACUAUCCGCCAAAAACGCAUCUUCCAUUGCCGGUCUGCUUCUACAAUCCUACCGGCUACGCAUGCUGUAACGUCAAGCUUAACAACCUGAUCGAAAACACGUACAGCGAAAUUAAAGCAUCACCAAAAUACAACGCCUGCAACAUCCAGAUCAUCGCCAACAAGAUCCAGGAGGCGGCUCAGAACGAGUUUUCGCACCCGUUCGAGACCGUUGCUGCACUUGGGGACUUUGCGCAAAACGUGCAUUUCGCCGGGGAUUUGGUCUGUAAAGUGGAGAUCGAUGGAAAAUACAUGCUCGCCUAUGGUAGCCCGUACAAAGCUGAUAUGGCCCAUAACGCCACGGGACCGAUGAUGCAACGGCUCGCGCUCUUUUCGUUGAGAAUC